AGAGGGCGGUCCCAAGGCUGGACCCACAGCCCGUGCCUGAUCCCGCAUCCCAGAGCGGCUCCGGGCGCCCCACGGGAUGGACUGCGGCGUCAUCACCUCCAAAACCGUGUUGCUGCUGCUCAGCCUCGGCUUCUGGGCAGCAGCAGCAGGUCUCAGCUAUGUCGGGGCGUAUGUCAUUAACACCUACAAGAGCUAUGACAACUUUCUGCAGGACAAGUACGCUCUCUUGCCUGCCGUCAUCAUUAUUUGCGUCGCUGUGGUGAUGUUCAUCAUCGGGUUGAUAGGCUGCUGUGCCACCUUCCGGGAGUCUCGAGUCGGCCUCGGGCUGUUCUUAGCCAUUAUCCUGGUUAUCUUUAUCGCAGAAGUAUCCGCUUUUGUCCUGGGAUUUGUUUACAGGGAAAAGGUAAAAACUGAUGUGCAGGACACAAUGCGCUCAGUCUUUGAGAAGUACGAUAGCAGUAAUCCAGAGUCUACUGUUGUGGAUUACUUGCAAGAACAGCUCCAUUGUUGUGGGGUGAAGAACUACAGUGACUGGACAACCACGCAGUGGUUUAAUUCCACUGGUAACAACAGUGUCCCCUUGAGCUGCUGCAGAGAAGACAUGAAGAACUGCACAGGGCGCCUGGAUCAGCCAGAGGAGCUCAAUAGGCAGGGCUGUGCAGGGGAGCUGGAGUCUGGGCUGCAGAGCGUUAUCAGCUAUGCUAUGCUUGUGAUCUUGGGGUUUGCCAUUGUAAAGUUCUUUGGCAUGCUGAGUGUCUGUGUGCUCACUUGCAAGAGAGAAGACAGCGGAUACCAGCCUCUCUACUCAGGGGUGUUUGCUUGAUAAAACUCAAAGAUCACUUUUUGUUUUGCUCCCUGGGGAUAAAAUAGACUCAUAAGGAUGUAAUGCUAAAGGACAACUCAUGACAUUCUCACCAAGCAUUUUAUUUCAUGUAUUUGAAACAGAGAGUGUUGUGUGUUGACUUGGUAAAGCUUCUUGCGGGUGGUGUGAAAUGGUAAUUUCGAUGCUCAGCACCCUACAGUAACAUACCCUGACCUUGCCUACCACAGCCUUCUGUACGGUCACUGUGAUUCGGAUUUGUGACUUCAGACAGCAUCUGACGUAAAAGCAUCUUAACUUCUGCAAUUCUUCCCUCUGCCCUUAAAACAUGCAGAAGAAAUGUUAUUUUUUAAUCAUCACUAAACCGACUGAGACUGCGGGAGGGGUUUCAGUUGUCUCAGAUUAUUCCCAUGGCAUGGUCAAACAACAAAAGAAGCCUUGGAAUGCCAGGUUCAAAUAUUCUUCAUAAGCACGGGGAUUUAGAAUAAGUUUUCUGUAUCUGAUGGUGUUUCUAUUUCUGUUUUCUCCUUUUUAUGGUCAUACAUUGUAAUUCGGUUCACAGCACAGCUGGUUACUGCAAGACACCCCCGUGUUUGAGGUCUAGAAGAGAUAUUUGAGUUGUUUUUUGAGGCAGCCGGCAAAUGUGAACAGUCCCAGGUUAGGAGGGGAUGUGUGUUUUGAGCCUGUGGGCUCAGGACAUCUUUCUUUGUCUUGGCUUUUUUGUCCUUUUUUAUUAUUAUUUGACAUUAAAAAUUACUUAUGAAGCAGGGCUCUUGAAG